UUAUAAGAUAUCAUCAGACCGGUAUUAACAUUGUGUUUGGAUAUUGUAGGGUCUCAGUUGGUCCUCAAAAAGUAAUGAAAACGGAGAUAUCAUUCUUGCAGCUACAGUUGUGUUUACAUAUAGAUGGGAAGCGUGUCAAAGCACAGACCUCUGCAGAGGAAGCAAGAAGGAGAGAGGCAGAGAGGGAGACCCUGAGAGAGAAACUGGACCUGGAGAAGAGACCUCUGCAGGCGGUGGAGUGUCUCUUGGAGGAUAGCGUAGUGGAGGACUUCCUGGUUGACUGUGAAAGCUUGAUCACUUCUGCCAAUUACAAAGAAGUUGAGGAGAGAUCUAUUGUGAAGCUGUGUGGCUAUCCUGUCUGUUCAAAUAAACUGGGCAAGGUCCCCACUCAACAGUUCAAAAUUUCCACCAACACCAAUAAAGUCAAUGCCAUUACAGAACGCAUGAGAACCCCAGACGAUCCCGUACAGCCGGUCACAGCGACACAGUACAGCACUUUGUUUCCAGCGUGGUCUCCCAGCAACAGGGACCCAGGGUGCGCUGAGGCAGUCUGCCCAAGCACACCGACGAAGGGGAGGGAACGAGGAGAGGGAGAGAAGGUCGGGAGGGAAGGACACAAGUGCACAACUGCAGCCAACUGGGACUCAACCCCAGCCCAGCCCACCCAGCCGGGCUUCAGGAUCAUCCAGGUGGGCAUGAGCAGGAGGGGGGCCCAGGGGCUCCUCAAGGGCCACAAAACUACUCCAAAACCUGUCUCGUGUAGUGUAGUAACUGUCAGUCUCCAGAUGGGGGCACUAUGUAUAUGCAUUGGAGAUGUAAAGCGUGAUGAUGAUGAUGGUCUUGUUUUUGAGGUUGGCUUUUACCAUGAAGAUGUUUUUUUUAAUGUUUCAUCUCACUUCUUUCCCUCACUCUUAUUCUCCUCUCCUUUCCCAUCUACGCUCUUUCUCCUUUCACGCUCUUUCUCCUGCUUUCAUGCUCUUUCUCUCACACUCUCUCCACCCACCCCCCCAAGACCAGGACCAGGGUGGUUGGUUGAUUCCCAUGCCCAGCACCUCAUACAGAAACGCAUAACGGUUGAGAAGCUCACUAGAGGCCUGAGAAACAUCGUGGGCCCCCUGCGUCGCACCAUGACUGACAUCUCCAGGGACCUCAACAACCUGGUCACGACCUUCAGGUUCACAAACACCAACAUUAUCCACAAAGGCCCAGAGGGACCGUGUGUGUGUGUGUGUGUGUGUGUGUGUGUGUGUGUGUGUGUGUGUGUGUGUGUGUGUGUCAUGUGCUGUUGCAGGAACAGCUGGAGAGCCUGUGCCUCAGUAGGAUCCAUCAGGGAUCAGCAGAGGAAAUCAGGGAACAUUGUUUUACCUGGGGGAACACCCUCUCAACAAACUUAACCUAGUGAUUUAUCUCUACUUGUGUGUAUCCAGGGUGCACUGCAGUGUGUGUGUGUGGAGAACUCUCUUUGGUACAUUUUAAACAUCACAAAAUUGAAUACCAACCUGUUAUAACUCAUGAUUUCAUUAGAAUAUGCAUAGAAUAAGAAUUUGUAUAUUCAUUAUUAUGAAAAAUGCAUACCCAUAACCACAGGCUCAGCAAUUCAAAGGUUUCCUUGUGUUUUAUGUUGCCCUGUGAAAUAUACAGUGUGGUGUGUGUGUGGCAUCUCCAAUCUGCGUUGUGUGCUUGCCCUUGCAUUGUUUGACCAGUGCCAGAUGGCGUGUGUGUGUGUGUGUGUGCGUGUGCGCGCGCACUACUUCCCCAGGCAGGUCGGUGGCAGGGCGUGAGCCUAGCAGGCGCUGUGUGGGACAGUUCCGUGCUGCUCCCGUCUGUGUACACACCUCUCGGCCUUAUCUCCUCCACCUGAUUACCCCCCCAAUCCUAACCCUCUCUAGAUCCGUGAUGCAGCAGCCAGGGGCGACACACACACACACACACACACACACACACACACACACAAGCCCUGGGAAACAUUCCACUUGGUCCCUAACUGAUCCACUGUGUACACCACCACAGAGAGGAGACCAGGAACAUAGCUUCAGCUCUGAUUUAUAGCUGUCUAAAUAAAUGGGAGAUGAUGCUUUCUUGAGCUGAUAUCACCUUAUCUAGGCUACAGAUGUUGUCUUCAUCCAAUCUGAUAGGUAGAUAGUAAAGAACAUGCCUUAUUGAGUGAGGUGCUCAACAAAUAAUUUAAAGUUGUAGCUGGCUGUUGGCUGCAGUAUGGUUUCAACUAACUCAAAAUGUCUCGUAUUUAGUCAGGCUCAUAAUGAUGUUUAUUAUAAGAAAUGAUAAAUGAGUCUUAUGACAAGUCUUACAUUGCAUUAUAAGCGCAUCAUAAAGCAUACAUACCUA